AUGGAAAAAUGGAAAACAACAUAUAACCCAAGAGAUAAGAUUGAAGAAGAAUGGUAUCUCCCAUUGUUAAGAGAAAUAAACACAGAAGAAUUGAAACAAACUAUUAACACACUACCAAAUAACAAAGCGCCAGGGCAAUCCAACCUGCA